GUGGGAUUGGCUGCCCGAGUCGUGACGCGGUCUGGGCGGGCCCGACCGGUUUGCGACAGUGGCCGCGGGUCCCGGACCGGAGAGCCCAGGGGGACUCGCCGCACGGCGCCGGGGUCCCGCCGGCGUCUGGGGGCCACCGCUCGGGGUCGCGGCGGGUGCGGGCGCUGCCAGGAGCCGCCGUCGCGCGCGCGGCGCGGGACGCCGAGGGCCCGGGCCAUGCGUGCGCCGUGAGGGGCGGGCGUCCGGACUUCGCGAGCUGAUGCGGACUCGCUUUUGAGCGGCCGGGGACGAGCGAAGCAGCCCCAAAAUGGAGGACUUUGCUACCAGGACCUACGGGACCAGCGGCCUGGAUAACAGACCUCUUUUCGGGGAGACGUCUGCCAAGGACCGAAUCAUCAAUUUAGUUGUUGGCAGCUUAACCACCUUGUUGAUUCUAGUAACACUGAUCAGUGCUUUUGUGUUCCCUCAACUACCUCCCAAACCACUGAAUAUAUUUUUUGCUGUCUGCAUCUCUUUGAGUAGUAUUACUGCCUGCAUACUUAUCUACUGGUAUCGACAAGGAGACUUAGAACCGAAAUUUAGAAAUCUAAUUUACUAUAUCUUGUUUUCAAUCAUCAUGUUAUGUAUAUGUGCGAACUUGUACUUCCAUGAUGUGGGAAGGUGAGGCUGCAGAGAUGAAAUACUCACCAGGACUCUUGGAAAUCUAUGUGAGUUUAACUGCUGCAAAAAAAGUAUACUGUGGACUCACCUACAGAAGCCUGGCCAUGAGCUUUCAUGUUACCGUAACUCUGAAUCUCCUCGUGCAGGGGAGCUGUAUCAUAGAUACAUCUCCGCUUUCCUUUUAGAAGCCGAAACAUUCCAGCCCUCUAAUAGCAAAGAAUUUUCACUUUUGAAAAAAUAAAUUUUUUUUACAAUUUAAUUGCAUGGCUCAAAAUCUUGCAUUUUAAGACAAAUACUCUUUUAUUUCUGUUAAACUGAAUAUACAAUUAUUGUUCCCUAGGCAACCAACUUUUGCUUAUUACUACAGUUUCACAUUAAUAAACAGAUGGUGAAAAGACAACUUUGAUUGUGAAGAUCUAAUUACAAUAAUAAAUAAAAUAAUUUAUACAA